UUCUCCAAAUAGUCGCUUAUACAUCGCAUUGAUCUCGUACUUGAGAUCGCGGAGUGAAAGACUACCGAGAUAUUUUUUCUUCCGAAGACUGCCGUCGACUAGCAGUGGAUUAUAGGUCCCAGAACUUGGAAAUUACAAUUUUCUGAUUUAUAUAAGCAAGUGUGCUAACACCGUGUUCUGUUUAUCACGACGAAAACGUCUACCAUUAAGACUCAAUCCCGGAGAAAAGUUCCACAGAUCGGUACGAUGUUUCGUCAGCUUACCAGUCGCCGUUAUCCGGCUUUGAAAAGACAUCUGUCAACUGCAUCAGUUCCCAAAGUGAACCCAACUGUGUUGUCCAACACUAAGGCUUCGGAGCGGUACAAACCUGGUGGUCGCUACAAUGGUUUCAUUUGCACUCGGUCGCAGUACAUUCAAGAUUUCAACAUGACAGCAUAUAUGUUUCAGCACGAGCGAAGCGGUCUACAAUAUUUACAUAUUGAUCGAAAUGAUACGAACAAUGUUUUCUCAAUCAACUUUCGUACCACACCUUUCGAUUCUACUGGUCUACCACACAUACUGGAGCAUAGUGUCCUAUGUGGGUCCCAGCGUUUUCCGGUACGUGAUCCAUUUUUCAAAAUGUUGAACAGGAGUAUGGCGACAUUCAUGAACGCGAUGACCGGACCGGAUUAUACACUGUACCCUUUUUCAUCUACGAAUGAGGUUGAUUAUCGAAAUCUACAAUCAAUUUAUCUGGAUGCUGUGUUCCGACCAAAUUUAAAGUAUCUUGACUUUUUGCAAGAGGGUUGGCGGUUGGAACAUUCUAAUUUGAACGACAAGAAGUCCGAGUUGAUGUUCAAGGGGGUUGUAUAUAACGAGAUGAAAGGAGCUUUCUCCGAAAAUUCAGCCAUAUUUGGACAGAAGUUUUUCAACAAGAUACUUCCUGAUCACACAUACGGUUAUGUAUCUGGAGGUGAUCCUUUGGAAAUUCCAAAGUUAUCGCACGAGGACUUGGUGAACUUUCAUAGCAAAUAUUACCAUCCGAGCAAUGCGAGGAUAUUUAGCUACGGAAAUUUUGAUUUAGAUAAAACUAUGGAGUUUGUACACGAGCAGUACUUGAAUGACUUUGAAAAGAUUGAUUCGAGCUAUAGUAUAAUUCCUGCUCAGAAGCGUUGGACGGUCCCACAACAGAGUCAUGUUCACAGCCGAUAUGACACAAUGGGAGCACCUUUGGAGCGUCAAAAUCAAAUCGCAAUCGGUUAUCUAAUGACGGACAUUACCAACGUUUACGAAUCAUUUCUCAUGUACAUUUUGAGCGAGCUGUUGAUUAAAGGUCCUAAUUCGUAUUUCUACAAAAGUCUGAUCGAACCCAAUAUAUCUGGAGGAUACAAUCAACUGACCGGUUUCGAUCCUAAUAUACGAGAUACGAUGUUUGUGGUUGGUUUGCAGGACGUUACGGCAGAUGAUUUCAAGAAAAUUCAACAGAUAUUCGAUCAAACAAUUACCGAAGCCAUCGAGAAAGGGUUUGAGAAAAAUCAUCUGGAAAGUGUACUGCAUCAUAUCGAACUACACAUGAAACAUCAGUCAACCAAAUUUGGCUUAGGAUUACUGUUUAAUUUGACCCCACUGUGGAACCAUAACGGCGAUUUGUUAAGAACGCUCAAUAUUAGCUCACUGGUUGGUGAGCUGAGGAGAAAUUUAGAGCGAGACCCAGCGUAUCUGCAGAAAAAAAUCGAAUUCUAUUUUAGGAACAAUAAACACAGGUUAACGAUGACUAUGUCCCCGGAUGAACACUAUGACAGGAAGUUCAACGAACUUGAGAAGAAAAAUCUUUCAGAGAAGAUCAAUGAGCUUACGGAUGACGAUAAGUUGAAAGUUUUUGAAGAUGGUUUAAAACUUUUUGAAUUUCAACAGGCUGUCCCAAAUACGGAGAUAUUGCCAUGUUUAAAAAUCGAUGACAUUCGCAAGGUUUCCGAAGAAAGUGACAUCAAAUCACUGGUAAUUAAAAACGUUCAAACGCAGGCUUGCAGAGUGGACACCAAUGGUGUAACUUACUGUCGAGGAAUCUUUGAUGCACACACGCUCUCUGAGGAGCAAAAACUUCUGGUACCACUAUUUAACGCGAUCAUCAAUCAAUUUGGCACGAAGCAGCUAAACUACCGUGACUUUGAUCAGCUUGUCAGCUCCAAAACAGCCGGUAUUCAUUUUAGUACUCACUUGGUGGACGAUGUCGACGACAACGGACGGUACGAGUUUGGCAUUUUGUUUGGAUCAUACGCGCUGAACAAGAACGUUCCCGAAUUGUUUGACAUUUUCCAACAAUUUAUCAACGAAAUUGAUCUUAUCGACACUGCUCGUUUCAAAAUGUUGCUGGAAAACUACUUGUCGGAGUUGUCGGUUGGAAUCGCUCAAUCUGGUCAUAUGUAUGCAAUGCAAAACGCUAAUGGGCUAGUCACUGAGUCCGGACAUCUACGGGAACAGCUGAUGGGUAUCGAGCACAUUGCGUAUAUGAAGGAACUCGUAAAAAACAACACCCCAGAGCAAAUUCUUGAAAUUAUUCGAUCCGUUGGGGAAGCAUUGUUUAAAAGGUCCAGCCUUCGGUGUGCCCUAAACUAUGACCAUGACUCGGAGCCGGCUAUUCUAGAGCAAUACGAACGUUUCAUUAGUAGCAUUCCUGCCAGGAACUCGGAAGCGUCGUGGAACAUUUCUCGGCAACUGACUCCCUCCUGCCGGCACACAGUCAUGAACAUUCCGGUAAAUUAUUGUGCCAAAUCUAUCGUUACCGUUCCGUACUCACAUGACGAUUACGCACCGCUCAAAGUGUUAGCCAAGUUUCUGUCGGCGAAAUAUCUCUUACCGGUGGUUCGCGAACAGAAUGGUGCAUACGGAUCUGGGGCAAAAAUUACCACCGAUGGUCUGUUCAAUUUCUUUAGCUAUCGGGAUCCCAACUCUCGGGUUACUCUGGAUGUAUUUGACCGCACUCACCAGUGGACAUUGGAAAAUCUGGAAAAGAUGGAUGAACAGACAUUGUUCGAGGCCAGGCUUGGGGUAUUGCAGCAAUUAGAUGUUCCUAUUGCACCAAUUGACCGAGGAAUGGAUCUAUUCCGGCAUGGAAUUAGUGAGGAGCGAUUUGAAAAACACCGAGAUGCAGUGCUGUCGGUUAGCAAAGAGCAGCUAAAGGCGGUGAAUGACAGGUAUCUGAAGCCGGGGGCAGUGAAGGUCGUCUCAAAAAGCGUUCUGGGGCCGGAGAAUAACGAUUUAAAGCAAGACGAUGAAAAAUGGAGUGUUGUUAAACUUUAAGCUUCGUUAUUUAGAUUUAUUUGUACUAUUGAGGCGGUUGUAAAUAAAAUGAUGUCGUGUAUCCA